AUGCCCAUUGAAGGAGAAGGGUUCGCAAAUCUUGGUGGAGAGGAGAUGGAACUGGAUGUUGCCAUCGGAGAGGGGGAGUCAAAUGGAGGAAUCAAGAACAAAAAGAGAGCAAACAAGUGGGCAAGCAGACAAGGCCACUGUUGUUUNGAGAGGAGAUGGAAUUGGAUGUUGCCAUCGGAGAGGGGGAGUCAAAUGGAGGAAUCAAGGGCAAAAAGAGAGCAAACAAGUGGGCAAGCGGACAAGGCCACUGCUGUCUGGCGAGGUGACCCAAGGGGCGCCACAUUGGAGAGGGGCUGCCUAGGCGGGAUCCGAGGUGCUAUGGCCACCUCUCAUGACAUUUGUUGGGCGCGACAAGGAGGUGGCGAGGGGAGGCACGCCUACGUUGGGCGAGCAGUCCAGGGAAAAAGGCGAGGCGACCUUUGUGCUGGGAGAGCUUGCCAUGACGUGGAGCGAGCUCAUCGCGUUGGGCCAGCCUAUGUUGGGCGAGCUUGUUGCUGCACCGAGUACCCGUUGCAGUCUGUAGGUGCUGUCCAGGAGGCUGUUCGUGCAAAUCUGGGUGGUUCUGGCAAGCAAAUCAGGGAGGUGAGCGAGCACCUUGCCCUGGGAAGCUUGGGCGAGCACUCUGCUCGUGUGGAAACGGUCAGUGUAGGCGCCGAGGCUACGAUGACUUCAUUUAGNGCAAAUCAGGGAG